AUGGACGCAGAUGACAUCGAUGAAGUUCUACAAGCUUACAGAUAUCCUCAAUCAAUUACUGAUCUUGGAAAUUUUUAUUUUUAUUUUGGCCCAUUAUCAGUUUUCAUUAAUAUCUCUACUUUCAUUCUCAUUUAUACGAAGACACCCCUAGCGAUGAAAACCAUCAGAGACACUCUCCUCGUCCUGCAGGUAAUUUUGACAUUUAUGGAUAUCGUGAUGUUCGUUUGUCGGCCUUUCGCCUUCAUCCCUCACAUUUUGAUCAUCGUCUACGGUUUCUUUGACAGUCCCACAUCCAUAAACUUACAAGUGGUUCUAAUCAUUAUCCUCCUUUACGUUUCCAUAUCAACAUCCCAUAUUCUAUUGUAUCAACGAUUUCGAACAUUACUCAAAGCUAAUACCUUCUUCAAACUUAUUUCAACUGAUGUACGGUAUAUCAUUGCUUUGAACAUUGUGUUCUCAGUAACAGCGGUACCCUUGUUCUUCAUCUUUAUCACAUCCAAUCAAGAAGACAGUCGGCAAUACUUCUUAGAGAAUCACCCUUGGUCCCAUGAAAUCAUUACAAACCGAGCAGUAUGUGUCGUCCAGAUCAAAAGCUUGUAUCAUACGCUCAUCCUCUUCAUAGCCUUUUUAGGAAUCUUCGAACACUUUGUUGCUUUGAUAAUCGCUGUAAUAUGCAUGAAGCUAGUCAAUGAAGUGUCCAGCAAUACAGCAAGUAAACAGGCACGUCUUAUCCAGAAACGAUUCACUCACGUUCUAAUUGCUCAAGUUGUCAUUCCUACUUUGGCCAUUCUGUUGCCAGCUUGCUUAGCCACUACCUCCAUCCUUCUGACUCUGCGAACGAAGUGGAACGGAAUUCUGAUAGAGCUUGGAAUCAUCAGCAUCUCCUUCUAUGCGACAACUUCGUCGUUGUGCAAGGUAGUCUGUUGCUGUAACUAUCGAAUGGUUCUAUGGAAUGUAUGUUGUAAAACAAAAGUUUAUUCCGUCUGA